ACAAUGGUACAGCCAGCAUCACGCUGCACAAUGGUUUCCAGGCAGUGAAAGAGCGUGAUUCAGCAAGCCACUCUUCCCCCCCCCUCCCCUUUUAUUUCAUUAUUAUCAGACAUUUUGCCUCCCCUUUUUCUGUUCUGUUCUACCCUAUCCCCCAGGCUUUUAUUCUGUUCUUUAAAGGAAAACCGUGAUUUACCUCGAAACCAGCUGCCCAUCUUUUUUUUUUUUUUUAAUUAUUAUCAUUAUUUUUUUUCUAUUAUUAUAAAUAGCCCAUUUUUUCCUCGGCACUCUUUGGAAUGUGAUUUAAAAAUACCACCUAAAGUCGCAGUUUGGGGAAAAGGUUUCUGGACGAGGAGAAUAGCUCGCAAGCAAGGAAUGGGCUAGUAUUAGAAACCUGUACCAACAGCAGGCCAGACUCAAAUAUCAGCUAUGGCAACCCAUGUAUGAAGUUGAUGCCUUUGAACUAUUUCCUAUAGAUGAGACAUAGCACAUGCUGUGGAAACAGUUGCAUAUGAGUCCAGCCUCUGAGCGUUGUAAUUUUUAACCCUCCUAAUCUGCAACUGGUGACAACUGGACUUUCUUACAAAGAAAUCAGUAUCUCUUAGCUCUUCAUUCUGCGAGCUCCUUGAAGCAGUGCUGAACAGCACUUCACAAAAGCUGUCUUCUCCUGGGACAGAGGCGAAACUUCGACAGACCGCAUUUGUUGAGCAGUGCUCCCCAGACUUGCAGCUCUCCCCAGGAAGACCUCAGAACAAUUACAAGUGUGUCACCUGGACAAAAUGUAAAACUUCGCUGUCAGACUACCCUAUCCCUGGUAUUUAUGAGCCGCCAUUUCUUGUAUUAUUGUGGUGAACCUACUCUGGAUGUGAAGAUUGCCUUUUGUCAGGGAUUUGGGAAACAAGUGGAUGUGUCAUAUAUUGCCAAACAUUACAACAUGAGCAAAAGCAAAGUUGACAACCAGUUCUACAGCGUGGAAGUAGGUGACUCGACCUUCACAGUUCUCAAACGCUACCAGAACUUGAAACCCAUUGGCUCUGGGGCUCAGGGAAUAGUUUGUGCUGCAUAUGAUGCCGUCCUUGACAGAAAUGUGGCCAUUAAGAAGCUCAGCAGACCAUUUCAGAACCAAACUCACGCCAAGCGAGCUUACAGGGAGCUGGUCCUCAUGAAGUGUGUGAAUCAUAAAAAUAUUAUCAGUUUAUUAAAUGUCUUCACACCACAGAAAUCUCUGGAGGAGUUCCAGGAUGUUUACCUGGUAAUGGAAUUAAUGGAUGCCAAUCUGUGCCAGGUUAUUCAGAUGGAGCUAGACCAUGAGCGAAUGUCUUAUCUACUGUACCAAAUGCUCUGUGGUAUCAAGCAUCUUCACUCUGCAGGAAUCAUUCACAGGGAUUUAAAACCAAGUAAUAUUGUAGUAAAAUCUGACUGCACGUUGAAGAUUUUGGAUUUUGGACUGGCCAGGACUGCAGGCACUAGCUUCAUGAUGACUCCAUAUGUGGUGACACGUUACUACAGAGCACCAGAGGUCAUCUUGGGAAUGGGCUACAAGGAGAACGUGGAUAUAUGGUCUGUGGGAUGCAUUAUGGGAGAAAUGGUUCGCCACAAAAUCCUCUUUCCAGGAAGGGACUAUAUUGAUCAGUGGAAUAAAGUUAUUGAGCAGCUGGGAACACCCUGUCCAGAAUUCAUGAAGAAGCUGCAGCCGACGGUACGGAACUACGUUGAAAACAGACCCAAGUAUGCUGGCCUCACUUUCCCCAAACUUUUUCCAGACUCUCUCUUCCCAGCUGACUCGGAACACAACAAACUCAAAGCCAGCCAAGCCAGGGACCUUUUAUCAAAGAUGCUGGUCAUUGACCCGGCCAAGAGAAUAUCAGUAGAUGAAGCCUUACAGCAUCCAUACAUUAAUGUUUGGUAUGACCCAGCAGAAGUGGAGGCGCCUCCUCCACAGAUAUAUGAUAAACAACUGGAUGAAAGGGAACAUACAAUCGAGGAAUGGAAAGAACUCAUCUACAAAGAAGUAAUGAAUUCUGAAGAAAAAACUAAAAAUGGCGUAGUAAAAGGACAGCCUUCUCCUUCAGGUGCAGCAGUGAACAGCAGUGAAAGUCUCCCUCCAUCCUCAUCUGUCAAUGACAUCUCAUCCAUGUCCACGGAUCAAACCCUGGCGUCUGACACGGACAGCAGCCUGGAAGCUUCUGCGGGACCCCUCGGUUGUUGCAGGUGACUAGCCGCCUGCCUGCGAAACCCAGCGUUCUUCAGAGGAUGAUGUAAUUUAGGAGGAAAAAUUGAUGGGAGCUAAGAGAUGAAAAGAAUGAGAAAUAAUAAACACAAAGAUUUAAACGAAACAAACAAACAAAAUCUUUUCAGCCUGCUUCUCCUACAGAGUUAUGUAAUGCAGCUAAGCUCAAGUGUAUAUUUAACUUAUAGUUGCUCUGCUUUGGUCUUCUUCCAGUGAUGCUUACCAGGGGGGUAAAAAAAAAAAAGGAACUGAAAAAUCCUUUUUUUAACCCCCUCCCCACAAGAUGUAAAAUGAAUGGCUGCAAAACCAGCAACCUGCAACUGUCCUUUUCACACUGGCAUGACAAGGUGUGCAGUAGCCACUCUCAAACAUACGAGUGUGUAUCAGCCUUCACUCUCUGUUCUGCCAUCUGCCCAGUGAGGCAGACAGAUAUACAUGCAUUUUUCUCCAUGUAGGAAUAGCACAUACACACACAUGCCAAGAGAAUUCUGGCAGUGUAUGCAACUGUGUGCCUGUAGGAACACACACAUCUGCAUACGUAUUUAGUGUGCACUCUGCAAACAUAAAUGGCCCAUUUCAGGUGAACUGCAUAACUACACAUAUGUGAUAUUACCAGUGUAUAUUCUAUUUGUUUGUUCAUUGAUGAGGUUGCAUAUCAUGUAUGAGGACUUGUGGAAGUGUAAAUAACCACAUAGAACUGUGUCUCCCUCAGACACUUGAAGAUGUAGCACCAAAAUUUCUGCUGAGAGUUGUAUAUAUAUUUUGAAAUAAUAAGCAGUUUUACUGAAGGAAGAAGCCACAGAGCUUCAUAGAAAAAUGUUAGUUUGUGAAUGUUAAGACUUGUUGUUCUGAUUUUUAGAGCAGAUAUGCCAAGCUGAGACCAGGUUAGAAGGAAGCACAUGUAUCUUUGCAAGCUACAGGGAACAAGAAUGAAGGUUUUUUAUGCAUGUCUAAGCCCAGAAAGAUUUAUCUCAGUAAGCAACUUUUCCUGUCACUGUUAAGUGAGUUAUCAUCUUAGGUCAUAGAUAGGCUCGCUAUUAUGAAUUACAGGUAUGUUUGUAAGUUAGAGGGUUGGGGAAUGAGCAGAUUGUGAUAUAUGAUUAUGAAAAGGACCUGCAACAACUUGUUUUUAUUUUAUGUCUAGGUCUUUACUAGGUUAGAUAGAGAAAGGAUAUUUGUGGCCCACUCCCCCUCAGUGUAUGUUUGCGACUUAGAGGUUGUUUUCCCUUUAAAUCAUUCCCUAUCAGGGACCUCUGCUACUAAGAGAACAGGCCUUCUCCAGGUGCUUUUGGCUGUUCAUUUGCUCAUGACAAAUCAUCAGACUCCCCAGGAAGUUUUAGCAGCUGUGUUACAUGGAAAAGAACCACGGAGUGCAUGGGUCUAGUAUUCUUAUUUUCUAAGUAAUAGCAAAGGUUAUCAUUCAGCUGGUGCUCUGGGGUGAAAGGGAUGCAAUCAGGGGUCUUAGGCAGUUUUGACAAGUUCCAAAGAACCCAAUAGUGACCGAAUAUCAAAUUGAAUUUACCAGGUAAUAAUCCACAGGGUUUCCAAUGGUAAGUAACAGCAAGUGUUUUUACCAGAGAAUGACAACAGUCCACACAGAAUUUCAUAACAAUUGAAUAUUUUUCCAGCCAAAACAACAAUUAGCAUUCUCCACUGCAAGGUCAUUGUUACCCGAGUUGGAAAUUAAACUAAAAUCUGAGUCAUCUGUCCUGUUACCAAAGUGUGCCAUGUAAACUGAAAUGAGCUAAAUUGUACUCUAAUACUUUUCCAAAUGUCAGAGAGAGGAAAUGUUUAGACUAUGUUAGUGGAUAUUUUAAAUUUACUAAUUCUUGUGUAUUCAAAAUUCUACCAAAAUAGGACUGUUCUAUUGGCUGGCGUCCCAGCCUGCCAUUCUGUGGUAGGAGAAAAAAUUGAGUAUCAAGUCAGAUUUUGUUCAAAGGGAAGAAAGGAAGAAAAGAUUUCUCCCCAGGAUGGGGAGAAGGGGAGGUAAAAAUAAAGUGGAUAUCAAAUAAUUUCAGAAUUGGUAAGUCUGAGCUGUAUCAGAAUUGCUAUAGGAAGUGGUUUUUUCCCCCUGGUUGUAUUUUUGGUAGAUUUUUAUCAAAAUUUUUUUGAGAAUAAAAUUAGGUUGAUCAUGUUCUAAAAACUCAGAGCAGUAAUUUUUAAAGCAAUAAUUUACUACUGCUAAAUAUAUUUAGCAAUAUUCUCUCUUAAGCCAUGAAACAUCAAGUCAUUAUUGAGUGCUGUAACUCUCACUUCAAAGCCAAUGAUCAUAAAAAUAUUGAAAAGUUAACAGCAAAGCUCUGUAGGUAUGUAGGCAAUAACACCAAGGGUGACUUCUUAGCAAUAAUGAAAUGUAUCACCUCCAGAUUUAAUUAAUCAUAGAUAUAUAUUAAUAAUAUUCAGGUAACUAAUAUCUGCUUUACAUUCCUUAGUGUGCACCAUUUGGGUGUGUUGUUUAAACAAAACUCAACCAAGUAUCUCAGAGAGGCAAAGCUGUAUGUAAGGAACUGCAAACACACCACCAAUGUAAACCGUGAAAUUGGAGUAACCACAGUUCAUUGCCAGCGGUAUUAUGGAGAUGUGACAUAGGCAAUAGCAGAGAAAACAUUUGCAGUAGAUGGAUACUCCCAUGUUUCACCUAUUGAAGCCAAAAAACAUACUCUUGGUCCCAUGGUAUAAUUCAGUCUUGUUUGUGUUCAUGAGGGCUGGGUGGAGAACCACAGAAGAUGUCCUUUGGUCGGCACUGAAUGAACCCACAUCACAGGAGUUACAUAGCUUUAUUCCCAGCAGCCCUGAUUCUGCUGAGCACCAGUGAUUGUUCAAACACCUGAUGGAAACUAUAGGGAUGCGUACAUAAUUUUAACUAGCACGUGCUUUUGUCCUUUGCUCAGCAGUGACUGACAUCAGCAUGUGCUUAAGUGCCUUGCUGAAAUGGGGCCUAAAAGAAUUACUGCAUCUCUUUUUGUCCUCAAAUUAGUCUCCUUUUUGGGAAGCUCUGUCUAGGGGAGGAGACUUGGAGCUGUCCACAUUGGACACUAGAAAAAAAGCCAUCAAUGAAGAAAAGCAUUAGUUCUUUACAAUUCAGGUCCUUGUAUGUCCAAACUGAAGUAGUGACCAUCAAGCAGGAAUAGCAUCCUUUGUUUUGCUUUGUGCCAGGGAUUUGGUGCUGUCAAGCUGAUACAGUAUAACAAUGCAUGUACUCUUGAAUUAAAGAUUAUAGUGAUGAUGUUCUGAGGCUGUCUUAAGGGAAACAAAUUUUAUUUUCUGAUUCAAGAAGUUUUGAUAUCCUUCUCUUCAAGUGUGUUCCCCUUUACUCCAACAUUUUGUUCAGCUUGAAAAUAAUAAAUACUUUUCUUAUUUUUGCCAUUGAUCUUUAAAAUCUGCUUCUGUUUAAAAUGUUACUAAAUGUGGUACUUGAGCAACACUUUUCACUUAAUUCUCUGAGGUUUGCAGUUGUAAGCAUGAUUGCCACCACUCUAGAGAUGAAGGAAAUUGGGAAGCAAGAGAUCUAUGACAGAUGUUCCAGGGUAUUUAGGCACUAAAGAGGCAAUCAGAAAGCCUAUGCCAGAAGUGGCACCGUCCUGAAGGGCAGCUGGACACCUUGGUAUUUUUGAAAAUAUGCCUAAGAGCCUAUUGAUAUCUUAAGUGCCUGAAAUUUUGUCCCAAGUGGCUUACUUAGGCCAUGUAUGUAGCUAUGAGCUGGGUGAGGAGAAUGGCAGAAGCAUUUUAACUAUCAAUGGCUGCUCAGAGCACUAGCUGCAAGAAAUAGCAUUGAGAAGGUAUAGAGGAAAGUUGCUGCAAAACAUUCCUGCAUUAUUUUCAGGUGGAGUACUUCUGGAUAGAAUGAGAAACAAAAAAAAAAGGAAAAAGUCAGAAUGGCUCUUAAAAGACCCUUUGUCCAUUUUCUUUUGCAUUGCUGAGUUUAAAUGAGGAUGAGAUAUUGAUUUGUUACAAGUUGAUGCAAGCUUAUAUAUGUUUUCAAUCCAAAAUUUUUGGUAAUUUUUGAAAACAGUCUUCAGAUACCGACUUGGUAACUGAAAUAGUAUGUUGUGAGUUUUGACUAUAUUCCAUUAAAUUGUAGUAUAUCUUUAGAAAGUUCAGAUAUUUGAGCUGGUCGCACACUGAUUUAUGGGAAUUGCAUUGUGGUUGAUGAUCCCCUCCCUAUUAUCUAGAAUUCCACAGCAUGGAUAGAUUUAGGAAUCUUAGCAAGCUUGCAUUACAUGAAACGGAGCUUAAAUUGGAGUGCAAGUGUGGUAAUGUGUUUAAAACAAACAAACAAACAAAAGCUGCAGAAAGCCUGAACAGGUUUUCCAAGCCCUAAUGCACUGAUGGUUUUCCUCUGGAAAUCCCCAGUUCCUGCACAGCAGUGGCUGCCAACGGUGACACGAGAUAGAUGAUCAUGUCACUAUGUCGCUCUUCCAAACUUAUAACCAAUUUGGUUUUUAUCUUCACAUAUGUUGCUUUAUCUUCAAAUUUUGGGCUAAUUAUAGUGAGGAAAUUAGACCUGUUGCAGUGCCUUUAGGGAGUUUUCUAAAGCAGUACUACUUAGCUGAUUCAGAUUGUAUUAUAUAUUUGACAGUGAGCACCAGUGGUUUCUUUUCAAAUUCUUUUCCAUAUUUUCUCAUGAAAAAUGUGCUAAUAGCAAAUUUUAGAACUGCCUGAUAAAGUCACUUUCAGCAAAUCUCCCAAAUUUUUUAUUAAAGAAAAAAAGGUGUUUUGAGUAUCCUGAAAUUAUUGUGAAAUGUAAUUGGAACAUUUUAAUUCAAAAUAACUUCUAAUAACGAGUGUUAGCUUAUUUAUAUUACAAACUUUAUAGUAUUUCAAAGGAUCAAAAAUUUCUUUCAUUUCAGAUAUAUUUAUAUUUUUUUCUUCAUGCUUAUUGAGAUUUUAAAAUUUUGUGUGAAUUCAAACAUGCAAACCCAACCAAACAAAAAAGACAUUUUGCAACAAACUCUGUGCUUCCAGGGAGAGCAAUACAGAAGAACACCUGCAGGGAAGAAUUAGAGGGGGUUUUUUAAUAGUCUGGCAAAAAAAAAGUCUGAGUCAAUGGUUCCUUUUCUGUUUAGGCUAUUAUUUUUCUUUGCUUCUGUAUGUGUCUGUAGGAAAGAGAGGGUGUACAUAGGGAUGUGAUUUUCAGAACCUCUGUUCUACUCAUACUCAGUGUGAAUAAAGAGAGUAGUUGUAAUAUAACCACACAUCUUCAAGAAUCUGAUGGCUGUGCUUAUUUGAACUUCCACCACUUUGCAAAGGACACAAUUAACUGAUUGCAAGCUCAAGGUGAUCUUUUUCACACACACACAAAGAAAAUCGUUGUGCAGUAGGUUUGAAUAUUAUACAAAUAUGUAAUGUCUUAAUUAGUAAGAUGCUUGGGGGAGGCAGGGGAAUGGUGAAUGUGUCAUCUUCACUGAUGAGCUGGAAAACAGACCUGUCCAGUGGAAUUUAGUGCAAUCCUCUCGAUGUAUUAGGAACUUGCCAAUGUGGCCUGAUUUUUUUUUUCCUUUUCUGUUGUUGGUUUGGGUUUUUUUUAAUUAACUAUUGAUUGCAAGAGGUGAAAUGUUUAACUUAAUGCAUGUUCAGGCUCAUUGACCCAUGGCAAGUUUGAGUUUUAAAGAGGGUUUGAUUCGACAAAAGAAUGUUGAAAAACUUCAACUGAGGCUAAUGGUGCCUUUUUACUUGAGAGUGAAAAGCUGAAAAGCACACAUUGAAGUAAGACACAGUCAAUUUGGGAAAUAAAUGUAUCCCUACCAUGCUUAUCAUUUCAGACAGGUCUCUUUUGCUAAUUUUCACUGAACAGGGCCAUUCUUGUCUUCUGGAAAGCAAGAUAUUUAUAAUGUAAAUAGUUGUAUUGAUUUAUUUUUUCCCUUCCUCUGUAACUAAUAUGUAAUAAUCCAACAUGCUAUUUCUGUUAAAAUCUUUUACAAUAAGGCCGCUGUAUGCCUAAAUAUGGUUGACCUCUGACCUUCUCCUAAGUCAGUCACAUGCUGAUAAAGGAGAGUGCUGGAAGUUUCAGUGUACAUAUAGAAUCAUGUAUAUUUAGUAAAUUGGGUAAGUGGGACUUAUGGCCAGUAUACAUUAAGCCACAACAGUAACAAAGCUCCAGAUCUUAACUAGCAAAAACAACUGUUCACCUUGCCAUGUCCAUCCUGUAAUAAGAUCUAAGUUGCACCUGCCUGUAGUUCUGCAUGAUCAGACUUCAAAGUAUAACUAACAAGAUCUGUAAUGUAUCAGUGUUGAUAAACGUAGUUGUAAAAAAAAAAAAAAAAAGAAAAGAAAAAAAGAAAAAAAAAAAGAAAAACAAAAAAACUCGACCAACAAAAGAAAAUCAACAACAGCUCAGUAUCAAGACUGGAAGAUGAGGCAUGUCCGAUUUUGUUGCACAGUUAUAGCUGAAAAGAACAACCGAUGUCAGUCAGCAUAAAUGGACUACAGUAAGAGAUUUGUUAAGGAACCAACAUUAUUUCCAUAUUGUUUUGUUCUUACCCUGUUUACUUUGACCAUCUGUUGUUCCCUGUUCCACAGGGGACAACAGGGCCUCAGUGAUCAGUGUUUUAUGGGUCAAUGUCACAUUAAUGAUUUCCAAUUUCUGUUUGUUUAGCAAUUACUGAACUAAGAUGGGACUCUCAUGUUCUCCCAUGUGUCAAAAGGAAUCCUGUCAGAGCUUCCUCAUGAGGAUACUCCUCUCACUGCUGUCUUGACUCCUGUCAGUUGAAUGACUUUGCAGUAUUCCCAGUAAACAGCACAACGCAGCAAAUAUAAUGACUAGGGCUUAAUUGCGGGCACGUUGUGGAUCUGUACUUUCACUGGGGCUCAAAGUCAUGCAGGGACAGGACUCAAUUGAAACAUGGUAUGUACUCUAUGCAUGACGCCUAUAUUACACCUUUAUGACCUUAUAGUGGUAAAACUGCUGAUCUUUACGGAUGUGGAUUUGGACCAUCUUUUUUUUUGGAGGAAAAUUGUAGUGAACCUCCGUCCUUAUCCCACAAACCACUUGCUCCUAUCCAGAGCAGCUAAAUGGAAGUUAAAAUGGUGCGAGGGCCUGCUGGGGGCCGUGCACAGGGGUGAAUUUCAUGCUGUUUGAAUGUGAUCUUGCCAAAAAGCCUGUAUGUCUAGCAGGGGAGACUGUGACUGUCCUAUAAGGAGUGUUUGUGUUGUUUACUUUGAAACAAGCUUUGCUAAUUAAAGUAGUGUAUUCCGGAGUCCUAUUUGAAUGGCAUGAAAGGGUAUCAAUGAAGAAGAUACAAAGUAUGCUCCUACAGCU